GCUUCUAUGCGUUGAGAGGCGACACUAUUUUUUUGUUUCCAUCGGAGAGCUUCCGAAGAGAUUCGAGAUCUCGCGGCUCCUUCUCUCUUCUCCGAUCAACCGAUACCGUUGAUAUGAUCUUGGCGCGUUAUUAGAAAGCCCCCGAUUAUCUCACUGUAACCCCCACUCGGUAGUCUCUCGUGAUCGAUCUAGGGUUUCGGCUGAUCUUCGCGAGAUCUGAGAUUUGAUUUCGUCCCUAAUCGAAAGAGAUGUCUCGGUGUUUCCCGUUCCCGCCACCUGGCUAUGUACUGAACGGAAGCGAGGCUCUGAUCGAAUCGAUCAAGAGGGCUGAGGAGAAAGCUAAGAAAGAACUAAGAAAGAAGGAGAAAAAAAGAGAAAAGAAGGAUAAAAAGAGGGAAAGAGGGGAAGGUGAAAGCGAGAAACACUCUCGUAAGAGAAGGCGCAAAGAAGAAGGUGAUAAAGAUGGCAAGAACAACAAGAAAGUUCCCAAACUAAAAGAAAGUGAGAAUGGCUGUUUGGAGAAGAGCGUUGUUACUGUAGAACGUGAGUUGCUUCAGUCCACGUCUCAGAACUCUUGUGAUAGCACUCUUAACAGCAAUGAGCUACCUAAACAACAGAAGGAGAAGAAGCAGCCGCAUAACAACAACAACGACUCUGAAAGCAUCAUCCGGAUUCGCUUGCCUAUCCGAAGGCAGAAUGGUGAUCCUGAGGUGAUGAUGAUGACGACGACCAACAAGGAUCAACAAAAAAAGCCUUGUCCCUCCCUGGAGAUAAAGUUAGAUACCGUGAUGGCUGUUUCUAGAGAGCAGCCGCAGCAACAUCCUUGUUCCACUUCAAAGGCACAUGAAGAGAAAAUAAAAGACCAAAUUGUCAGAACGAAAGUAGGCAAAGAGAGGAAAUUGUCAUCCACUACUUCAAGCGGCUUAUGCAGGUUGUGCCCUCCAUCAAUGGCGGUGCAAUUCUUGAAUGUAAUUGAGAACUGGGUCCCUAACAGAGUAGAGCUAACUAACUCUGAGGAUGAUGAAUGUUGGUGGUUCGUGAAGAAGCCAAGUUGCCACAAGUUUGACGCAACAGAAAGAUGCAAACAACUUAACAGAAAUAAUGAGAUGAAGCAAGCCAUAAGCAGUUCAAUGGCGUGGCCAUGUGCUCGCCUUUUACCAGAAGCUGAUGUCCACGCCUUACCUUACACCGUCCCUUUCUGAUAAGAGCAGGAAAAACAAGAAUUUUUAACAAGGAACCUGGUCGAGAUAAUCCAUGUGCUGGAGUCGGACCAAACAUUUUUUUGAUUUGGCCUUAAAAAGGUUGAAAAAGAACACUGUUUGUUAUAGUUUGCGGUUGCUUAAUAUAGUAAGAUUAGUACCA